CACGUCGUGUUUUCGUCACGUGACUGCAGGGCUGUAUAGACGUUAGGUAUUUUUAAAUAUCGUUAGCGAACAUUAAUUUAUUUUGACGUAGAAAUUAAAUAUUUAACGUUAUUUUAAUAAUGAUAGUAAAAAUCAAAUAGUAAAAACAUUAUAAUCAAUAAGAUUCAUGUAUAUCAUGGUUUAGUUUUAAAGUUUAUUAAAUUUUAAACGAUAUAAACACGAACGAAGUGAUUUUAUUUAAUUUAAUAUCAAUUUUUAGUUCAAUAUUGUUAUAUAAAUGUUCAAAAUUACAUAUAAAUUAAAAAGAUACGAUACGAACAAUUAUCGGAAAAUUUUGUGUUGAGAUUUUAAUACAUUCUUAUAUAAUACCGUUACCAUUCUUAUAUAAUAGAAUAUUGAAUGAAUAAAAAAUAACAAACGAUACAUAAUAAAAAAAAUGAUAAAUUCAUAUAAUACAGAAAUUCAUAUAAUUCGUAAAAUACAGAAUUCAUUAUUAACAAAAGAUUAAAACGUAUUAAAACAUAUUUAUAGAAACAAGAAAAUAUCAAAAUCAUUGAAUACAUUUUAUUUUAAUUGUUUUAAUAUAAAUUUGUUAAAUGUAUAAAUAUCUUACAUACGAAAAUUCUUCUAAGACGCAAGACUUUUAUUUUUUAAUAUAUUAUAUUCAUCAUACGUACAUUUGUCAUGUAUACUUGUUUUAAAGCAUAGUUAAAAUUAUGCCAUUCAUCGAAAUUAUUAUAAAGAUACAUCCAAAUGAAUUUCUAAUGUAAAGGAACGGUUUCCAGACCACUGGCCCUGCACCGACAAAUAAAUCGAGCGGUAAUGAUCGAUGAGAGAGCAAUUUUUUUGUAUUAAGAAUAGCGAUGCGUGUCGCGACUGAUAAUAAUAGACUACAUGCACCUUGGUUCAUUUUUUAUUUAAAAAAAAAAAAAAAAAGUAUAUUAUACAAGGACAAUAAUCAAACGAACAUAAGAAAGUUUGAAAGAAUCGCUAAGUUACGCUUCUCUUAUUUAUAUUCUUCAUACCAAAAUUAUAUUUAGAAAAUUGAAUAGCAACAGAAGAAGGCGCCUGGUCUCCAGAUCCUGUCCCCGUAAUACGAUCCUUGAAUCGACGUUUCAUCCCAUCCCACCAAGAAUUGCGGCCCCUUGUAUUUCUUCGGAGUUGGUGUUACGGCCCUAGAGUUCCUCACCCCACGCUCGUGCCAUAGGUUGCAGCAAUGCAAGAGAACGACCACUGUGAUGGUGGUAAGACGAAGAGAAAAGAGGUGAGAAGAGAAGAAGAAGAAGAGAUAAAAGGAAAGAGUAGAGAGGAGAAGAAGAGAUAAGAGAAAAGGGCAGAGAGGAGAAGAGGAGAAAAGAUGAGAGAAGACGAGAUGAAAGGAGAAGAGGAGAGAAAAGAAGCGAAGAAAGCAGAAAAGAUGAGUGGAUGGCAACGAGAGAGAAGGGUGAGAUGUGUGGCUAAAAGAGGAAAAAUAGUGGAAGAUAGAGAGGGGGGGAUUGGUGGCGACGCGGCGCGGUGCGGUGUAGCGCGCGGCACGGUUGCUUGGUUGAGUGAGCGGUGGGGUGGGGCGGGAGCGUCGGCGCGAACGUCGGAGCAGGCGGGAGCCUGGGGGUGUUCGAGGGUAGAGGAGGAUGGCGGGAGGUCGAGCCGUGAAGCGGGGGAGAGGGUAGGAGUCGCGGGAAGGAGCCGUGCCUCCCUGCCGUCCGCCCGCAGUGCGCGCUACGCGAUAUCACUGGCCGGUCAUGUGUGUGUCACUCUCACGUUCACACUGGUACCGUUCGGAGUGCUUGGUUACCGCGCUGCCACCGUUACCGUCAACCGAGCAGUGUGUGUCCAGUAUACACGGUGUGCGGCCGGAAGUUUAAAGUGCCUCUCGUUCCGUGUCCUGGACGUGGCGAGAGCAGGCGAAAUCCUGUCGGCGCGGGGGACAUCAUCGGAGAGACGACAACGACGACGGACGUGCAGGUGGAGCGGACUGUAAAAGGGAAAGAUCGGCUGCGUGGUGCGCGACGGAGGAAAAGGAAAAAAAAAAAAAACAAGGAAAGGAGGAGAAGGUGUCAAAGAGCGAAGUGUGUAUGUUUGGAACGGUCGCCGAAAGUUUUCGGUGUACGGUGUCCAGUGUCCAGACGCACGUAUGUAGGAGCAAGGAGUGGCUGCUGCUGCUGGUGGCCGACCGUCCAAGGAAGAGAGAAGAAAGAGAGAAAGGAAAAGAGGAUCGUGCGCGCCUCAUGGCCCUGUUGUUUAUUGGCCCGUCGUGAUCACGAAGAGAAGAGAUUUGAGUGACUGUGCUUUUGUUGUGUUUUGGUGAAAAAUAACGAAGUGGUGAUCGGUGCUCGAUUGUUCUUCUCUACGGUUCAGUGCUACGUGGGGUUUUCUUUUUUGGGGGAGAGGCACGCUCGCUGGAGGAUCGGAAUAGAGGAAAAGAGAACGGCACAGUUCGUGGGGGAGAGAGAAAGCGAGAUAGAGAGAAAGAGAGGGAGAGAGUGUGAGAGUGAGAGGGAAGAAUAGCAAGAUAGAAAUAGAGAUAGAGGUAGAAGAAGAGAGAGAGAGAGAGAAAGAAAGAAAGAGAGAGAGAGGGAGAGAAAGACAGAGUGAGAAGAAGAAGUAAACUUAUAGAGGAGAAGGAGAAAGGGUGAUUGGAAGACCCGGCUGGCGAUCCGAAUUCGCGGAUUCGACACGCCGCGGUUGCCGAUCCAUAAUAUGGCGUACAAGUUUCGCGAAGAGAUCGUGGGAAAGAGGUUUCUCUCGGUGAGUGGUUUCACCAAGCUAAAGGUGAAUAAGAUUAGUGAGUGGGGGUGGCGUGCGGGGGUAAUUCGUGCUGCCAGUCACAGGGAUAACAGCUGUCAUGAUCUUCAGAUCCUCGUAGAAUACGACGACGUGGAGUGGCAAAGGAGGGAAUGGCUAUCGCCCCACAGGGACUCGGUGUUCUCGUUCUUCUUAGUGGAAAAGGGGCUGUGCUGGGCCGAGCGGCCCGAUCCGAGGCAUGCCAGCCUCAUCGCCAUCGAUCACCACAAUCACGCGAAUAAUAACCACCACCAUCAUCGUAUCAACGGGAAACUCUUGAGGGGCGCCACAGCUGUCGCGAACACGGUCGCCUGGCCGGCUCUCACGUUCUAUCCCCUGGUGGCGCGUGCAGAGUUGCCGGAAGACGCGAUGCCUCUCGAAUUCAUGCAAGAUCGAAGGCUGGACUUUGUGGAUUACUCCAAGCUGAAGCCGUUUACCCAGGACUGGGAGCUUACGAAAGGCUCGGUGCCUUGGGCGAGCGCUGUCAGGCGAUGGGCAGAGAUGCAGGAUGGACAAAGGAUCCUGCUCACCACGCCGAGCGUCCUGGUCGGCUUCAGGGUCGAAGUUUAUCGGGCCGAGGGCACCACGCAAUGGUACACUGCCGUCAUCGUUGGUUACAACGAGUCCACCAAGGACUUGACUGUGACCGAUGACACGGUUCUCGAGGACCACAACGAGGACCCCAGCUUAGUACAAAUGCGGUUGAUCGGCGACGGAGUCGUCGAGAGCAUCAUGAGAGGCGAGGUCGUCGGCAUGACACCGAGGAGGUCGAGGUCAUCGACUGCUCUGACGCACGCGCUUGUUGUGCCGAGACCUGGAAGGAGGCCCCGAGGACGCCCUGGAAACGCCACACAGUUGCACGCAGCGCCUAGGAUACAAAGCCCUAUUUCUCAGCAUCUCGAGAAAGGUAAAUAUCCAGUGUUUUGUUGUCCCGUUUCUAAAGAUCGUUACCUACCUAUAUUAUCCUCCGGAUUUGAGAAGAACUCGGCGCGCAACAGUCGGCGACGACGGGUGAGCGAGGGUGGCGGGAAGCUAGAGAAAGAGGCAGCGGGCGAGAGCAACCCAUCGACGCGGCAGGCGGAGGACAGGGAGAAUAAAGGCCCGCCGUCGGGCAGGCCCGGCAAUCGCGUGCCACGGACCGUAUUGGAGGAGGCGAACAGCGCGUCGACCAAGCUCCGGAAACGCGGUACCGUGGUGAAGAGUCCGAUCGAGAGUCAAAGGCCCGUAAGACGAAGGCCGAGGCUCGGUUGCCAGGAGACGAAAACAGAGCCGGCCGAGCAGGAGGAGGAGGCGGAGGAGGAGGAGGAGGAGGAGGAGGAGGAGGAGGAAGAGGGCGAGCAGGAGGAGGAGGAGGAGGCGGAGGGGGAGGAGGAGGAGGAGGAGGAGGAUAUCGUCCUCGAGCAGCACUCGGUGAAAUCGUCCGAGAAGGAGGAACGGCUGGGCUGUAGAUCCGAGGGGGAGAAUCGUGGCGACGGGGGGGAGGACGGGGGAGAGCGUUGUUGCGAUCCUCUGACCAAGAGGCUCAGGACAAGCCCCUCGGUCGCCGCUGGUAGAAAGCUCAGGUCCGAGCGGAAAGGGGGGAAGGGGGCCUGUUGCGACGAGGAGGCCGCGUCCGAUCUCGAGGAAACGGAAGAGGAGGGGCGGAGGGGGGAGGAAGAGGAGGGGGAGGGGCGGAGGGGCGAGAAGAGGCUAGAGGAGGAGGAGGAGAGCCAGUCGAGGGAGAGGGACAGGGAGCCGGAGCCGCCACCUCCGAACAAAGUAGACCCCGGGGGCGAUACCGUUGCCGUGGUCGGUGAACAGCAGGGUGGCCAGUUUAACGCCGCUCGGAAGCGCGUCGCCGGCUGCCCGCGGGAGGAGGGGGAGGGGGAGAGGCGGCAGAACCAGCGGAGGCAGCAGGUGUUGGUGAAUGGAUCGUUGCUCGACUCGUCGUCGUCGUCGUCGUCGUCGGUGGCCGUCGUCGAGAGCAACGCCGUCGAGGGGACCAGCGUCGUCGCCGCCUCCUCGUCGCUCCUCGAUCCCGACCGUUCUUCUUCGGCCCCGGUUCCGUUGAGAUCGGCCAGCACCGACUCGAACGCGGCCGCCGGGGGAGGCUGCGUCCUCGAGGGGGGGGAGGAGGGGGAGAGCGAGGACGGGGACGGGGAGGAGGAGCGCGAGCGGAGGCGGAGGAGGCGGAGGAGGCGAGGAGGUGGAGGAGGAGGAGGAGGAGGGCAGGAGCAGGAUCGGGCGCAGGAAGAGGAGGAGGAGGAGGACUCGCGAAGGACCGAGGUGACUACCGAGCCAGGCACGGAGGAUAGCGUGGGCAGCGCGAGCGGCGCGAGGGCGGCGAGCGUCGAGUCGGUGGUCGAGCUGCUGGAGUCGAGCAGUCAGGACUCAGGCUCCGUGCUGGAGAGGCUGAGUCCGCUUAGUGGCAGCGGCGGCGGCGGCUCUGGCAGGCAGAGCCUGCUCCUGGAGCAGCAACGGGAGCAGGAGCGGAAUCGGCACAACGAGAGCCCUGUCAUUCUAGCCGAGAGACUGAACAAGCCGCCACCGCCGGUACCCGGUCACCACCACCACCACCUUCAUCAACAGUACCACCACCACCACACGCCCCCUCACCACCACCACCAACAGCAACAGCAACGUUACUCCACCGCUAGUCCCGUGAUACACCACCAUUCUCAGCAGCAGCAGCAGCAACAGUUGCACCAGCACCAGGUAGCGAACAGCGCAACCCACCAUCAGGCGCAGCAUCAGCAACAGACGCAGCAUCAUCACCAGCUGACCCCUUCGAGCCUCCUCGAGGUGCAACAGCAGUCGCACGCAUCCAGGGGCGGCGAUGAAGCCGGCCUCAUGGAAGUGGAGGCCGGGGCCGGUAUACCUGGAAGCGGCGUGCUCGGCGGCGUGCCAGCGGCGGUCGGCAUCCGGGCGGUCGGCGGCGUGGCCGGGAGCGGGGCGGCGAGCGGCGCGUAUGGGGACAGCGGGUCGGACAGCGGGGUGAGCUCGUUGCGGAGCGCCGGGUCCGGGGACGAGAGAAGCGGGAGCAGGAGCUCCGCGCUGAGCGUGGACGAGGCGACCAACUCGUCGGCGCCCGCCGCGGCCACCACGCCUGCGAGGGUCUGGCACGUGCAGAGCGUGCAGCACACCUCGCUGCUCAUGGCCCAUCCUCAGCCACCCCCCACCGCCGGCCCGAGUUCGGCGCCCGCCGCGACCGCUCCGCCGGUCGGCUACCAGAGCCCCGCGCCUCCGCCCGGUCAUCAUCAUCCCGCCGUCGCGUCCGAAAUGCUGUGGAGGUCGCAGAGGUACCCGCCGUUGCCCCACUCGUUGCUCGGGCCCGCUCAGCCCACCACCGAGGAGAUCGUCGAGCGGGAGAGGAUACUUCGGGAGCGGCGAGAAGCGGAAGCUCGGCUGGAGAAGCGUGAACGAGAAAGAGAGGCCAAGAUGGAAAGGGAGAGGCUCGAGAAGCAAAGGGCCGCCGAGCAGGCAGUUCACAAACACUUCGAAGAGUCCCUAAGGCUGGCGCAACAAAAGGUGUCUUAUGCUCCGCAGAGAAACAUGCAGUCGACCUCGAUGGCGUGGAACUCGUUCCUGCCGUUGCCGCCGCCAGGAAGCAGAACGCACGCGGCGCCGCAUUCCGGGAUGACGGCGCAUGUGGGCCAUCAUCAUCCGGGGACAGGUGCAGCGGUCACGCAUCCGGUCACUGUCGCUCAGCAACAGCAACGGGAGCGGGAGGAGCGGGAGCGGGAGGCGAGGGAGCGGGACGCGAGGGAGCAACGGCAACGCGAAACGGAAAAUCUGGGGAUGAGGGAACACCACCUGGUCGCGGCCGAGAGAUUGCACAGACAGGCCGAGGCCAGAGAUCACGUUGCCGCCCAACAAAGAGCCGCCUAUUACGCAGCCACUGCACCUCCGACUCAACAGGUGUCUCGACCCUCGAGCGUGCCCGGCAAAGUCGAUUACCCACCACCGCCAGCGCACUCGAGGACCUCGAAGUCGUCGCUUCCCGUGAGCAGUCUUCACGAGAAACCGCCGCCUGUGGUCGGGCCGUCGCACAGCUCUCUGCCGAAAGUGGAGCCUAACGUCGGCCUGUUCAGCUACUCGACGUAUCAGCCGCAGUCGUCGUACAUGCACGACAUCAAAGUGAAGAGCGACGUGGGGCAGCCGCACAAGUCGUUACCGAGCAAGAGCAGCGGUCUGGCCGGGGGCCUCGAGAGGGAUCAUCACGGGCGGGAGGUUCUGCAAAAUCCUCCGUCGUUGUUGCCGGAUCACAAGAGUUCGGUGAUAGUGAAGAACGAAGGCCGGGAGCUGCCGAAGGUGGCGGCGUCUCAGCAACACUCGUCGAGCCCGAAGAUCAUGCCGUAUCUGAACGUGCAGUCCGUUCCACCUCAACACAAACCGUACGAGUACAGGAGCCCAACGCAGAGCCCCCACCACCUGCACCAUUUGGACGGUCUACAGACAGCCAAGAGCAUACCUCAAAGUCAUCACAGAAGCAGUAGCGGGUCCACGACCACGACGCAGUUACCCAGCCCCCACGGGCAUCCACCGCAUUCGCACAAUCGACAGUCGCCGCACGCCCAGCAUCCUCAUCAGCCACCGCAUCCAUCGCCGCCCGAGCCGCGUUAUCUCACCAGGCCGGAACCGGGCCUGCCCUACGCUACUGCCAAGUCCUCGUAUCCGUAUCCGCAUCCGCAUCCGCCCACGGCAUCGCCGACCUCGCAUUACGCCACGCCGGCUGGCUCCAAGCCGAAAGUCAGUAGUCCAGCGCCGCCGCACAUCUACGGGAAACCGAAUUCCGGUAUCAUGACCGGGACCCCGGUCUGCAGGGCAUCCGAACCGGCGGUCGCGGCCCCGAUACCGCUCACCUCGAAGGCCGGGAGCUCGCCUUACCAGCAAGUGCCUCACCACCACGGGGCCCCGCCUCCACCUCUGCCGCCACCCGCGCACAGCAGGUCCAUCUACGACUCGAGGGGAUACACGAGCUCGAUGCCGGCCGCCAAGCUACCGCCGCCCCCCCUCCACGGCUCCCCUCCGACCGCCGCCUCGGCGCCGCUCUCCAGGCCCAUAGCGCAUCCCGCCCAUCACACGAGUCCUCACCAGCAACCCGGCCAGACGGUGCAACACCCGCAGCCACAAUUGAACGCCUCGUCCUUCCAAACGCAACCGCUCGAUCUUGGAAUCGAGAGAUCCGGAUCGCCGAAGAGAAAAGCGCCGACCCCCUCGUUGACCGAGAAUUCCGGCCAACCGGUUUCCCUCGAGGUGUGCAAGAAACGCAGGACAGAGGAGCCGCAGCCGUUGUCGCUUCAAUGCGUCGGCCCACCCGUACUCUCGAGAGCGAGCGAGCCGAGCCCGUUGAUCGCCUCGGCCGCCACUUCGAUCACGACCGUGGUUAAUACCACGGUGGCUCUGCUGGCCCAGUCCAAUAAUACGCAGACGACGCAGGAGCGCACCGUGACCGCAGUCAGCCCGACGCCCCGCACGGCGAGCGGAGACGGGUCCGUGAGACCAGCCAGUACGGGAAGCGUUAGCUCUUUGAAUCCGACGGUUAGCGCGGCUCCUAGCCCGGCGCCUAUACCGAGCCCAGCGCCCUCUACGGCGCCGAGUCCGGCGCCCAGCGCUCCCGGCACUCCAGCCAAAGCUAACCCCAGCACGGUCGACAGCGAGAAAUCGAACAGUCCUGCUCCCAGACCACCGAGCAGCACCAGUUACCCGGUUCACAAGCUGAAGAAGGCAUGGCUGCAGAGGCAUUCGGGCGAGGAUGGGACGGAAGACACGACCGGAGUCGUGGGUAGCGGAUCUUGCGUCACCUUACCUAUGAAUAUCUCCCAAGCGCCGUCGCAGUCGUUGAACAACAAAGAACGCGACACCUCGAAUGUUUCCGGCAACACGACGACCACCUGUUUGCCCAGCGCCGUCAAUUCCAUUCACAAUAUCGGGAGCAUGGCGGUGAACAGCAUCAAUAAGAGCAAAGUUACCGCGAAAAGCAGCCGUAAAUCGGCGAACAAAGAAUCGUUAAACGGGCAUGCGACAGACACGAAAACGUUACAAGAAGACUCUUCUAGCAGCGACCCGGAACGGAAGUCGCCGCCCAAAAGGAAGCCACCCAAGGUAAAACGAAAGAAGGGCGCAGCACGGAGGCAGCAAACGACCGCGGAAGAUCAGCGGAGGCGAAAGGAAGAUAAACAAGGCGGAGGAGCUGGUGUAGGCAGUGAAUCUAGUAACGAGAGCGAAGCUGGUUCUGCCAGUGAUACGAGUGAACAGUUGGGUUCCAUUCAACCUACAUCGAGGGUGCGACAUACCACGGCCAAUUCCAACAAUUCCUCGGGAAACGGAAAUAACAAGGAACCCAGGAAACGAGGCAGAAGACCAAAGACUACGAAAGGUAAUGAACUAGGUGGAGAAGAUCAGCAACCUCGUCAAAAGAAAGAGCGCAGAGACGAUAGUGCGAGCGGUGGCAACAGUGGGCCAGGUGGAAGUGGCGGUAGAGGUGAUCCCUUUCGUAGACCACCGAUAUCGCAAUUGAAAAAAACUGGCGAUAGUUGGCUGCAAGACGGCGCUUGUUUCGAAGUAGCUCCAAAGUUGGCUAAAUGUCGUGAGUGCAGAUGGACACCGCACCAGCGCUCCAAAAAUCUUCCUCAAAAUAUUUUCUGCAGAUUUUAUGCAUUCCGUAGAUUACGGUACACGAAAAACGGACAAUUGGCGAUAGCAGGAUUUAGCGAUCCCCACAAAGAUGCGUCUGAGGUAGAUCUUCGGUUAUGGUUACCGGGAAAAGAAAGUUCGGAUAGCAAGAAGGACGAAAAGCCUGACAAGAACGACAAAGAGAAGGGAGACAAGGAGGAUCUAGAUUUGGAAAUGGCUCACAGAUUACUUCGUCAAGUUGGGGAUCAGUUUUGUGAUCUUUUGCAUCAGGAGAAGGAUGCUCUGCAACAGCAUAUGGCAGAAGCAAGUUCGGGACUUGUAGACGGAACAGUCGCUUGGAAGAGAGUGGUCCAAGGUGUCCGAGAGAUGUGCGACGUCUGUGAAACGACCUUGUUUAAUUACCAUUGGGCUUGCGGAAAAUGUGGCUUCGUUGUGUGCAUCGAUUGUUACAAAGGACGCAAGAACGGGACGAUCAAGAUUUGGGGAGAAAGCGGAAAGGACAGAGAUGAUUUUUCAUGGCUUUUAUGUACAAAUAGACAAGUGCACGAACCCGAGCGACUUAUGCUCACGCAAAUCAUUGCCGGUGACAGCCUGAUACGUCUUGGCCAACGAUUGCACGAAUGCCGUGCAGAAUGGGGAAUACCCCAACAUUGUGGUUGUUCACUGGUCGUUCAAACUCCUGCCAAUGAGUAUUUGCGAAACAUGAUAAAAGGCGAUUCGGUACCCGUUUUGAAUGGCAACGUUAAGCAGGAAAUUAAAGAAGAAAAAAAAGUGAAUGAGUCGAACGGAUCGUCGGAGAGCAAAACGAACGGGGAGGAUAAAAAUUCCCCGUUAAACUGGCUGGCAGAUGUGGCUUUACAGAACCAGGAUAAAAACGAGAGUGCUUCUAGUUCAGAUUCCGACGAAGAUCGGGAUGGCAAUUAUUCGACUUUGAGAGAAUUGCUCAUCCGACCGUCCCACAAAUCAAACGGUAGCGGUUCCAGAUCGAAUUCACCGACCAGCAAUCCCGGCAACGUUAACGUUACCCCCGGAAACAAUGCGCAAAACAACGUGACAAAGUCUGGGAAGAAGUCGAAAAUGGACACGUUGGAUGAGGUCAUAUCUAGCGUUAUAGAGCACAGCGUGAAAAAGGAGAGGGAAGAUGAACUGGACGAUGAGAAGCCGAGGGAGCUUAAGCAUUUCGUCAGAAGAUACAAAUGGACGCAGAAGGGAAGGGAACCGUUGCCCAUCCGGAUCAUGACGCUCACCGAAAGCAAGAGUCUUUACCCGGACGUGCCCCAUUCUUGGCUCUGUGAUGGAAAAUUGCUCAGGUUAAACGAUCCGAACAAUCCCAACAAUUACAGAAUAUUUCAAGAUCAAUGGAAACGCGGACAGCCGGUUAUCGUGUCGGAUGUUGCGAAGUUAUUGGACAUGAGCCUCUGGCAUCCGGACUCGUUCGCCAGAGAUUUUGGGGACGAGAAGAACGAUUUGAUCAAUUGCAUGACCGGAAAUCUGGUACCAAAUCAACCGAUGCGCAAAUUCUGGGAAGGAUUCGAACACUUCUCGAAGAGAUUGAAAGACGAGAGAGGAAAUCCGAUGUUGUUAAAAUUGAAGGACUGGCCUCCCGGUGAAGAUUUUGCGGAAUUGUUACCGUCGAGAUUCGCGGAUUUGAUGAAAGUUUUGCCGUUGUCGGAGUACACCCAUCGAAACGGAAGACUGAACUUGGCCAGUCGUUUACCCGACUGUUUCGUGAGGCCAGACUUGGGGCCCAAGAUGUACAAUGCUUACGGAUCGGCUCUUCAUCCAAACAAAGGCACCACUAAUCUCCACCUAGAUAUUUCUGACGCGGUGAACGUCAUGGUUUACGUGGGUAUCCCAAAGGAUGCCGACAACGACGAACACGUCAAAGAAGCAUUACGAGCAAUAGACGAAGCCGGCUGUGAUAUCUUGACACGCCGACGUGUUCGCGAACGGGGAGAAGCACCGGGCGCGUUGUGGCAUAUUUAUGCAGCUCGAGAUGCCGACAAAAUCAGAGAUCUGUUGAACGCUGUCGCUUUGGAACGUGGAGCUCGUCUGGAACCGCAUCAUGAUCCAAUCCACGACCAAAGCUGUUAUCUCGAUGGACCUUUGCGAGAGCGAUUGUACCGCGAAUACGGCGUCGAAGGAUACGCUAUUGUACAGUGCCUAGGCGAUGCGGUAUUCGUGCCAGCUGGCGCGCCACACCAAGUCCGUAAUCUUCACAAUUGUAUAAAGGUAGCCGAGGAUUUCGUAUCCCCAGAAAAUGUGUCGCAUUGCUUCCAUCUAACGCAAGAGUUCCGCGCGUUAUCCGACACGCACACGAACCACGAGGACAAAUUGCAGAUUAAGAAUAUAAUUUAUCACGCCGUGAAAGAUUCUCUGGCCGUGUUGAGCAACGUGAAGGAAGAAACUCUUAACAAGUUGAAGUCGAAUAACGAGAUAAAAAAGGAGGAGACGUAGCCCUAGGCCCCCUGUCGCGGUCGCAAGAACCGUUGAUCUUUCUUUGACUAAAAAAGAAAUCUCGCUAUAUCAGUGAGUGCCCAAUCUGUUACCUGCUCGUACAUCGCCUCCCCGAAUAAGCACACGCCGGGGUCGAUUCGAGACGACAGGAGGAUUUAAUCUUAAGAUGCUCCGGAACCUGUAUCGAGGUGCAAGAAUUUGUUGUGAUAUUUCGACGAUUAACUCGAAACGUUUGAUUUUUGGUAUUGGCUGAGCCAAUGAGAUUAUCCGUUGUUUCAUUUUCAAUUUCCUUUCGCGUUAUAUAGUUUUUUUUCUCUCGAGCAACGCGCUUGCGGACAUGAAGUCUGCGAGUUUUUUCUUCAUUGAGGUAUGGAGUUGUUGUGACGCUAACGCGCACUGCGUCCAUUAUCAUUGUGAUACCACAGGAGGAGAACUUUGGAUCAUACGUUAUUUGUAAUUACUUAUAUCGUGCCUGUAUUCAAUACAUACUGUCUAUAUUAUAUAAAUGUAGAUAAUGGA